GAGAUUUUGACAUCAUGCAAGAAAAAGGUGGCGACCCUUUUGACAGAAUUAUCUAUCGUACGACUGUUUGCACAUCACCACCUUCCUCCUCCUCCUCUUCUCUGAUUUCUUUCUUGCUCGCUCUCCAUUCUCACCUACUACGGGACCUUACCCUACCCACCAUGUCUCUCUCUCUCAAAGUCUUAAUUUCAACAGUGAAACACAGCUCGAAUUCUUGAUUCUUCUGCUAUUCAUUCCAACGGCAGUCCCUUUACUCUGUCUCUGUCUCUUUCUCUCUCUGCCUCACGCACGCAUCAAGCCAAUCAUAUCUCUCGACCACUCCUGCGAGGCACCCCCACUCAUUGCUAGAGCGUAGCUGAGCUGAUCGGGCUAUGUCCAUGACGUCCCCGAGUCGACUCCUUCCCUCAAGAUAGGUUUUUUCCUCUCCGAGCAUCGAGAAAACGAUUCAUGGACUCGUUCGCCUGCCCCUCGGCCUUUGGCAUGGUCGGUGGUGGCCACUGCGGCGGAGACGGCGGCGGCGACGCGAGCUUCGCGGGUGUCCUCGAGGUCCACGUCCACCACGCGAGGAACAUCCACAACAUCUGCAUCUACGACAACCAGGACGUGUACGCCAAGUUCUCCCUCACCUACAGCCCCGACGACGCCCUCUCCACCCGCGUCGCCUGCGGCGGUGGCAAGAACCCGGAUUUCAACGAGACCCUCGCCCUCGAGGUGACGCAGCCCGACGCGGUCCUCAAGUGCGAAGUCUGGAUGCUGAGCCGCGCCCGGCACUUCAUGGAGGACCAGCUCCUCGGGUUCGCCCUCGUCCCGCUGUCGCAGAUCGCCGGCAAGGGCAAGGUCACUCGCGACUACAGCCUGUCGUCCACCGACCUCUUCCACUCCCCCGCCGGGACCGUCAGACUCGGCCUCCAGCUCACCGCGUCGGCGCCGGUCGAGUCGUCGGCUAACUCGUCGAUCAGCUCCGAGGUGGUGCUGCUCGACCGGAAAAUCUCGGAGGUGAUCCUCGACCCGGUCGAGUAUUCCAAGAUCGAGUUCCCCGAAAUCAGCGUCGUGAGGGAGAAUCAGAAGAUGGUGUCCGAGUACUUUGACCUGGCGAGGCAGGGCUCGACGAGCUCGAGCUCGAAACCCAACAGCAACGGCGGUUUCUUCGGGUCCUUUCUCCAUCUGGGUUCGUCGCCGACCGCGAUAGACGACUGCGAGAUGGGUCAAAAUCACGCCUUGGAGCGAUCCCCCAUCUCGCCCGACGGGAGUGGCCGUAACUCCGGGUUCCUGAGCUCGACUACCACCAGCUUGAGUGACGAUCGGAACUCGGCCGAGUCGUCGGUCGAGAAGAAGGCACGGUCCGGCUCAGGUUCAGGCAUUGACGCGUCGAAUUCAGCGAAUCCUGGGGCCAGUCAUGCCUGUGGAGCCUGUCCUGACACUCCGACUUCGAAGAAAGCGUGCGAGAUCAUCAAAGUCAUGAAAGAUGAGAACGAGGAGUGUGACUCUGAGGAAGGAGCGAUGAAGAGAAGUAAUAAUGAAGAAGGGGAUGCGAAUGCGAAUGCGAAUAUGGAUCGUGUGAAGUUUGGUCAUCAUCAUCAGGUGUUUUCGCCCGCGACUACGAAUAUGAAUCUCGAGGCUGAGCAAUCGGCGAUGCAACAGCAGAUUGUGGACAUGUACAUGAGAAGCAUGCAACAGUUCACCGAGUCCCUGGCUAAAAUGAAGCUCCCGAUGGACAUCGACAAGCCCGAGAUCAAACAAGACCAUGCUGCCGCCGCAGCCUCCGCCGAGAUCCAGACUCAAAAGGGCAAAUUGGAUUUGGACAAUAAUAACAGCAACAGGAAGGAUCAGUCGCGGGUUUUCUACGGUAGCCGCGCAUUCUUCUGACCAGUAACCACGAAUAGGAUGCCGAUUUUCGCACGGGAGCAGGGCUGCGAGGAUUUUAACUUGUUAGUGCUGUUUCGAUAGAACUUAAAAUUAAUUUAUGACCCCUCAGAGCAUAUAUGUCUUUUGAGUUUGAAUUCAAAGUCUAGUGGUCCACCAGCUACAACAAACAGACAGAGUGACUGCCUAAACUCUGUGGUUGUGCUAUAAGUUACAUGAUUCCAGGUUCGAGAGAAGUGUUGGGUGAUUAUUGCUUCUUGUUCCU